AUGUCUGCCACAGCUUCAGCCAAAACUCCCGCUUGGGUCAAGUCUCAGGGCACAGUCAAGAACUUGCACUGGCGAGGUGACGCCCAGGUCCCCAACACAGGCAUGUCUGUCGGACCUUCCGCCGUUGUCUUUGGUAACAGCAUUUAUUGCUUCCACCAGGGCCAUGGCAACAAUGGCCAACUCUGGUACAAUGUCUACAACGGUUCUCGCUGGCUUGGAGAUCUCCAGGUCCCCAACACCGGCACCUCUGCUGGACCAUCCGCUCUCAUCUACAAAGGCAUGAUCUAUGUCUUCCAUCAGGGCCAUGGCAACAAUGGCGAGCUGUGGUACAACAUCUUUGACGGUUCCCGAUGGCUGGGAGAUACCAAAGUGCCCAACACAGGCAUGACAUCUGGUCCGUCUGCCACGAUCUACAUGGACAAGAUCUACGUCUUCCACCAGGGAAGCCGAGGCAACAACGAGUUGUGGUACAACGUCUUUGACGGUUCGCGAUGGUUGGGCGAUCUCAAAGUCCCCAAUGUCGGCAUGUCCGCCUCCCCCACUGCGACGUACGUCCCCUACACGAACACCAUCCAGGUCCUUCACCAAGGUGGCGGUGACAAUGGUGAACUCUGGACCAACACUUUUGAUGGUAACCGCUGGCUUGGUGAUGAGAGGGUGGAGCGUGUGGGCAUCUCGGCUGCGCCAUCUGGAAUCGCCUUUGAUGACAGAGUCUUCUGCUUCCACCAGGGUACUCGCUUCAACGGCGAACUGUGGUUCAAUGGAUUCAACGGCGAGUUUUGGGAGGGGGACAAGUUGGUCCCAAAGACAGGUAUGUCGUCGGAUCCCUCUGCUGUGAUUUACCGUGGCAAGAUCUAUGUGUUUCAUCAGGGUUACGGAGACAACGGUGAGCUUUGGUUCAAUGUUCUUGAGUAA